AUGAAGCAUUCUGAGUCCUUACUCGCGUUCGUCGCGCUGUCUCUCUCUUUUGCUGCCACGUCGUUUGCUGGCAUUGGGCCUAUCGCCAAUCUGCCCAUCGUCAACAAGGUCAUCGCCCCCGAUGGCUUCAACCGAUCCACGGUACUCGCUGGAGGUUCCUUCCCAGGACCUCUCAUUACUGGGUUCAAGGGCAACGAGUUCAAGCUGAACGUCCAGAAUCAGCUGACGGACAUAACUAUGCUCAAGUCGACGAGUAUCCACUGGCAUGGUUUUUUCCAGAAAACCACGAAUUGGGCCGAUGGCCCCUCGUUUGUAAACCAGUGCCCUAUUGCGCCCGGCAACAACUUCCUGUACGACUUUAAGGUCCCUGGCCAAGCGGGCACGUUCUGGUAUCACUCCCACUUAUCGACCCAAUACUGCGAUGGGCUUCGCGGCGCCUUUGUCGUAUAUGAUCUCCUGGACCCCCACCGACUUCUCUACGACGUAGACGAUGAUUCCACUGUCAUCACUCUUGCGGAUUGGUACCAUGCCGUCGCUCCUACUAUUGCCGUUGGCGUCGCUGACUCCACCCUCAUCAAUGGCCUUGGUCGCUAUGCUGGUGGCCCAUCGUCGCCACUUGCGGUCAUCCACGUCGUAUGGGGUCUGCGCUACCGGUUCCGUCUAGUUUCAAUCUCUUGCGACCCAAACUUCACCUUCCAAAUUGACGGCCACAAGUUCACUAUCAUUGAAGUCGACGGCGUCAACCAUCAGCCACUCGAGGUUGACUCGCUGCAGAUUUAUGCGGGUCAACGUUAUUCCAUCGUGCUGAAAGCCAAUCAGCCCAUCAACAACUACUGGAUUCGUGCGAAUCCAAACAAUGGCGCUGCUUCGGGUUUCGCGAACGGCAUCAACAGCGCCAUCUUGCGUUACGUCGGCGCAGGUGCCUCCGAGCCUACCACCGCGCAGGACACUUCCACCUCACCGCUCGUGGAAGCGAACCUUGUGCCCCUAGAAAAUCCCGGCGUCAUUGGGCCGAAGUGUGUUGACUGCGCCGAUGUGAACUACAACCUGGCUCUUGAUUUCAACCUUAACGGAGACUUCAAGUUUAACAUCAACGGGGUGUCUUUCGUUCCGCCCACGGUUCCGGUCCUCUUGCAAAUUCUCAGCGGAGCGCAGACCGCCAGCCAGUUGCUGCCUCAGGGAAGCCUGUAUGCCCUACCGAAGAACAGCAGCAUCCAGCUGUCGCUUCCGGCCGGCAACACAGCACCACAGGCCGGCGGUCCUCAUCCGUUCCACUUGCACGGUCACACGUUUGAGGUCGUUCGUUCUGCUGGACAAACCACAUACAACUUUGACAAUCCUCCGCGCCGCGAUGUCGUUGCCACCGGCGUGGCUGGUGACAACGUGACCAUCCGAUUCUUCACGGACAACGUUGGUCCCUGGUUCCUCCACUGCCACAUCGAUUGGCAUUUGGAUACUGGUUUUGCCGUUGUUUUCAGCGAGGAUCAAGCCGACGUCCCCGCACAGGUUCCUGUUCCCUCCGCUUGGAGCCAGCUUUGCCCCAUAUAUGACGCAUUGACCCCCAAUGACCUGGGCGGUAUCAACUGAGCUUCGAAAGCCGGACGAGCAAGCUAAUGACCAGUCUCCUCUCACUACU